CGCUGUAAUGGAAAUUAAGUUUUCAUGGAAUUGAUGCCUAAUUGAUAAGACUUACCAAGAAUUUCAUCGCUACUAGGAAAUUGCUUUACCUCUCAGAAAAUGGAAUCUGACCAACAAUCAUGAAAAUUAAAGCUUUAAAAGACAGUUUUACUCAAUCUUUCCAAACUAAUGGUCGAGUUUGAUAAACAGCAUCUUCAAAAUAUUUGCAUAUUUCGAUCCAUAUUUCGCCAAAAUGCUUACCAAAAUUGCAUUUCCUUCCAUAAUUUUGAUCUCCUUAUUCUUACCCCGAGCCACUUCAGAUUGGCAAGUAUCGGAAAAAGAUAGCUGUGCAGAAAUCUAUUUCCAAUCUGACCACGAAGGCAAAUCCCUACAAUUGAGGGAUACGGAACAAAUUGCGGAUUUGAGUUAUGCACGAUCAAAAUACUUUCAUUCGGGUGGAACAGCAACAAAUGGGUCAAUGUCGCUAAAAAUCCAUUCCGGCUGCCAUCUCGUCCUCGCCGAUAAGACUUUCAUGAAAGGGAAACAGUUUCUUUUUACGAGCGAUGUGGAUCAUCUCGACGGAAUGGCGUUGUCGCCAAAGUCGGCGGCGUGCACGUGUCCGCAGGUCUGCAAAUGUUCCAACGCAAUUUUACGAAACCGUGAGUGCGCGAGGGCGUACUUGGGUCAAGAGUGCGACAAUUGUGACGCAUAUUUCACCUCGCUCCCACCCGAGGAGGACGGGGUGGUUCGACAGUUUCCUCCGAAAUGGAGGGACGCCGUGGCCUCCCUCAUUGUUCGGAGGGGGUGCGAAUUAACGCUCAACACGGGAAAUGCUACUUUCGAAGAAAUCACCGUGUCGAAUAUUCUCGAGGAGGUUGGCAAUCUCACGGUGAAGAAUUUAGUCGAGAGUGUGUGGAAUUCAACAAUUGUGAAUUAUAAGUGUCACUGCAACUCUUCAUAUGUCCAGAGGAGGCUGCCUAAACAGGAUUCCGAGCAGGCCUCGAAAUAUCCAAAAUUAAUCUCCAUCCCAAAAUCGAAGCCAGAACUGCUCUCCCUCUUAUCUCAAGAUGAACUGAAAAAUCAUCCCGGCGUAAUUUCCGCACUGCAAUCCUUAAAAAAUAAAAGGAGCUCACGGAACGCGUACAUUUUGCUGUUGGGGACGACCGGAAGUGGUAAAAGUUCCGCGGUCAACAUGCUUUUCGACCACCCCAACAUCACCAAAGUCGGCGGUGUCCAUUCCACCACGACGGACAUUCACGAAUUCCGAAUCCGCCUCAAACUCGACGAACUGGGCAUUUCCAACUCCGAACUUCGCGUCAUCGACACUCCCGGCACUUCGGAUACUCGCGGAAUCACGCAGGACUCCAGAUUCCUCGCCUCCCUGGAACAAUUCCUCGACUCCCACGACGACCUGGCCACCUCCAAGCCAAACAUUGUCCUCAUCUUUGCCAAAUUCAAUGACAACCGAUUCCGCGGGGAGGGCAGUUCCUUCGUCAAAAUGCUCCGUACCAUUGACCUCUUCAAGGACAGGAUAAUCGACCCCAAAUUCACCAACGUCAUCUUUGUCUUGACCCAUUUCAUGUCGGAAACUGCGUCCAUCACUACAAAUCCCACCGAGCGAAUCACCGCGGUCAGAAAGGUCAUCGAAGAAUUUAGCACCCUCCCAAAACCGGUGCACAUCGUGGUGGCAGAAAAUAAACCGGAAGCUUUCCACCUCCCAAGUCUCAACGGUUUUUACGCCCUGCCCAAUGGCGACCUCUACCCGCAAAAUUUAUUCAGUCAGAUGCAACGCUCCCUGGUGACGAGUGGAGAUCCCAUUGGGGAAGCUGUGAUACGAGUAGGGUUCAAAAAUUCCGAUUAUUUCAACAUUCUCGGCAAAACCUUCCCCCUCGUGGACCCCUCGAAUGGCAAAGUUACGAAGUACAUGGGAACCUUGAGCUCUUUCGAUACCACGUCGACCUCUUCGCCCGUCUCGCAGAAAUUGGCAGAUUCCUACGCAAAGUUAGAUGCCGGACUGAAAUCCAGUUUUCCUGGAGUCCUCAGCCACCUGCAGAGAGCCCUGUUUCACAAAAAUAUCCAAACCCAGGCUCAAUUACCGCAGACGAGAGCGGCAAUUUUGAAAUUCUUUGAAGAUAUCCCCCUCAACCCGGCGUCGUCCGCGUUGCUGCAAAAUUCCUUUAAUUUAUCACUUCCCGUCCUCUCUACGGAAUUACUCGUUGGCUGCGGGUACGACUUAAUUAAUGAUGAUGUCCUACCGACCCCAGUUUUUACCGUGAGUAAUGUCACCCCAAGUGAAAUCAACUUCCAAAUCCCGAGCAGUUUCAAGGUAGAGUUGUACAAUCGGAUGGAAAAUGUGUUUUUUAUCCUGCCAUCGAGAGACUCAUAUGUCGACGAACGACUCAAAAAUCUCGGUCUUGAAGAGGACACUUUUCCCCCGGAAAUUAUCUCUCACUCGGGAAAAUUAAAGGAUGGUUAUAACAUUAUGCAAACUAAUGACGAAGAGAACGAACUUUCCUUGUCUGACGCCCCAAAAUUAUCAGCUGUCCUAGAGUAUCACAUGUUCCACAUGAAAUUAAGCGCAGCAGAGGUCGAAAUUUCGGAAGAAUUCGCCUCCACCGUUGAAUCCCUGACUGCCCUGGAUACCUCUGAUUUCGCCUCUUUCUCACAGUGGGACACCUUCUUCAAAAAGUACGGCACCCACGUGGUCACCUCUGCCUUUGGCGGUGGGCGAGUAACCAUUGAGGUCACUCUAGAUCCUUCUUCGCCCUCUCUUCCCCCAACAAAAACCGAGCAGUACACGAAACUUACGGAAUCCAUGGCACAAAUCGUGCAAAAAUUGGCAGAUAACCUGAUCGGCAAGGAAAUUUCCUCUCUAAAUUAUGCCGACGUCACCCACAAGGUCACAUUCUCCGGUGGAGACCCAACCUACGCGUCCCUCCUGGACAUUGACCAUUGGCGAGAUUCCGUCCACUACAAUCCCAUCAUGUUAUCCUCCGAUUUAAAACUCCUCCCGAUUUCCGAGCUCGUUAGACAAGCCUCACUUCCUCAAAAGGCUGACCUCAUCGAGCUCGCGGCGACCCAACUGUUCAACGCGUCCCUAGUUUACAUCCCUAUCACUCGAGCAGCUAACCCGGCCGCAGGGGCGAAUCGACAACACACCGUGUCCGGCAGUGACGCCGGCCUCGGUGGGUACGAAUCCAUCGCAGAAUUCGCCUCCAUUUUCAAAAUCAUGGCGGAAGAAGGGACCCGAAUGCAGGACAAAAUGUUGGCCGUCAUGCAGCAGAGAGAAGCGGAAUCCGCGCGACGAGAGGAGCUUGACAGACAAGAAAAAUUACUGCAAAAACAGGUCGAUCUCGAACAGGCGAGGCACGACAGGGCGGAUGCCUUAGCGGAGAGAAGACUUGAGAUGGAAGAAAAUCAACUGCACGCCCAAAAUUUGGCCAAUUUGGAGGCAAUUCGAGCUCAAAAGGCACAAUUGCAAGCGGAGUUGGAAAACGAGAGGUUUAUUGCGGAUCAAAACGCGAACGAUCAAAGGCAAGCACAAUUGUAUGGAUUUAUCAAUGCGGAAAAUGAGCGCAGAUUGCAGGCAAAUUUGAAUAGAAAGUCCACCUGGGAUAAAAUUACGGACUUUACGGGGAAAAUUAUCAGCAGUGGGAGAGACGCGAUGAUGUCUGCGGCACCAUUUCUUAUGGGGAGAUGAUUAAUCUGGAGAGAUUUUAGGACGGUUGAAAAAAUAUAUAACUUGUUAAAAAGUAGGAUUAAUAUUUGGUCGACAUAAGUUUUAUCUUUUAUUACUUUAGUUGUAAAAUAAAAUAAUAUUUUAUUCGAAA